UAUAUCCAGCGGGUUUUCCCACCCAUUCACCUGAUAAUUCUUAUAACCGUCCCAACUUCGUUGCUGACGGACCUAAGUAUUUGAUUGGUUCAUUGUUCCGUCUCAUCUUUGGCGGUCAACGGUUAGAUACGAAACAACAACAGCGUAUAACCCCGUCGAUAUCGUGUGUUGUCUCAUAUAUCAAGUGCAUAACUGCGAUCCUGGAAGAAAUUACGCGGGUGUUUCUACUGUGCCUCUCACUAUUCAUUGGGGCCCUUGUUCCCGACUUUUCUGGGCACGUGGUGAUCAUUUCAUUCUACUUUUACGCCCGUUGAAUAUAUUGUGGACGAUUCUCCUUUUCUCCUUUUUUUUCUUUGUUAGAUUUCACUCUGAAUUUCUGGACGGUCUCAAUUCUAAAUAGGACAACAUGAUUCGAGAGGAAUUCAAUGACGACUGUGAUUGGGAGGGCGGAAACGUCAUCUCAUGGAGAUCAACUCAAUGCAAGCAGUAUGGGGAAGAGCAAACCCUUCCUGAUCCUGUCGACAUCAUGGAUCUCAAAUGUCCCGAAAUAAAAUCCUUAAAUAAGGAAAACCUAUCCGAAUUUGAGGCUCUCAUGCUAGGCGAAAUAUCGAAUGACGGCAGUUCGGAAGAUGAGCUGGACAUAGAUACUACUACCUGCAGUUCCGAGGACGAUGGAUUCUUCCCUUUCAUGGACCUACCGCUUGAGAUCAGACAGCAGAUCUACCACUGGAUUCAUCUCAUGAACCCCGUCAGGUUGACCCAGUUUGCACCAUGGUACCCGAUCCCGGUUAAUCGUGGCUACUUCGUCCAAGCCAUCACGGCACCACCUUCCAAUGCCGAUACGACAAAGACCCCUGAAGAAGACCCAGGGCCGGUAGCGACGGGAACGGCGCCACUCCUUUCACCCUGGCGUCCGUACUCCUGCAUGCCAUCCUCGAUGCUCAGAGUGAGCAAGCAGAUCUACUACGAGAGUAGAGAACUGCCGUUCCGGAACAACGAGUUCGUCUUUGUGAACUGGUUCGCCUCGGGCCUGUGGGCGGCGCGCUCAUUCGUUAAGGGCUUACAGUCUUGGCAGAUGCAAACGAUGCACUACGCCCGACUCGAGCUCUUGUCUCGAGAUCUUGCGGGCCGGCACGUGGAUGAGUGGAAAGAGUUGUGCGGAGCAUGGUCGAAAGGACUAAGAGGGUUGAGGCUGAAGAUUCUGAGUAGUGGGGGAGGAGGAGUGGCGGGUGGGGGAGUCUCGUGGGUUGUUGCCGGCUCGCCUCAAAGGGGCGCCCCAACGGCUGGAGUAAGAGACGAAGAGGGCAAAAUAGAAGAAUGGGUCGAAAAUGGACUUAAGCAACUCAAAAAGCUCCGGUGUUUGGAGGUCGAGCUGUCCGCUGCCGACUGGGAUGAGAAUAUUAAACUAGAGUGGUGUCGAAGCUUAGAGGAGGCGUUGAACGAGUCGAAGACUGAGACGGAACAAUACGUCCGAGUUUGCAGUGUUGAAAGAGCUAGGGAUCUAUAAGGAGGCACGGAAACGAUCGUUACUGCCGUUAUUGCAAUCGCUACCUAGAAGAGAUGGAUCAUACAAAAGGUUGCUUAUGCCCACGUGGCCGUGUCUUAGGGCAGUCCCUACCGACGGGUCCGGGAUGCAGCUGCUCUAGAACGGAAAGGUUCGGGGGCGAAACGUCCAAAGUGGGUCUAAAGCUCUCGGAGCUGUCAGGGGACCGUAUAUGUUCAGUCCAAUACAACCUUAUUAUCGAAAACAACACGGAUAGGGAAGCUGAGGCUAUCCACGGUCGUUUCUUGGGCUUGAGCCGACUCCUUUCUCCUUCCGGUUUGGUAUACACAUAAUAUACAUAAGACGUCUAUACGA